AGAAGGGAGCAGCAGGCGACAAGGGAGGCAGGAGGACGAGAACAUCGGCCUUGCUCACCUUUUUGCCUCGACAUGAUCUUUGUUCCCGCUUUCAUCGUCGGCCUGGCGGCAGCCCUUCUCCCCAUCUCUCAUGCCUUCACUGCCUCCCCAGUGCCCGCCCUGCUGCACUCUAGAAGAUCCGUGGCAUCGCCGGCCACGCGACGGCAAGUGGCAGCUGACGAGUAUGAGGAUGUUGUGCCGCGGGUGUUGAAGCGCACAGAGGAGCUGCAGCUGCUGUCCAAGCUGGCGGAGGCGGGGCUGCUGUCCAAGGCAGAGAAGGCGGGACUGACUUUGAGCCAGAUUGAGCCCCUGCUUAAGGUCGUGGACGAACAAUACGCCCUGUAUGGGCUGGAGGAGGUCGCUCCGAAGGUGAAUAAGGGUGUGAGGGAGAGAGAUGAAGGCAUGCCAUCAGCCAAACAGGCGGGAUCUGGCAAGACAACAUCCCAGCAUGAAUGCGGUGUGGUUGUGUUGACGUUGCAGAUUGUCCCUGCGCUUCCUGCCCUGCUCGAGGCCGCGCCAGGACUCCUCCCUGUGGCAUCCGCUGUCCUCUCCACCCCGUGGUUUGUGUUUGUGCUACUCUCCAUCGCCUCGUUUGCCGGCGGUGUGGGCCAGCUGCUGUACCUGCCUGACGACUCGGUCACUUCCGUGGCGCUGCAGACCUUCCUGUUCGUCCCUCUGGCAGUCAUCCUGCCCGGCGUGGCCCUCGUGACGGCAUUCAUCACUGCAAGGGUGCAGUCCAAGUCGUGAGUGAAUGCAGAGCCAGCCGUGCCUUGUGGUGUUGAUAGAUGGGCUGACUGACUGGGUGGUGGGCGGCUGCUGGGUGAUUUUUCUAUCGAUUCGUCGAUUUGAUCCAGUUUUGCGUGCGACGUGGGAGGGAGGGGGUGAGGCGCUGACAGCGAUGGACGGACGAGAGGUGAAACUUGCAUCAUUUGGACCUGUCUGAGAAUGAAGUGUUCAUGCUUCGAUUGUGC